UAUGGCUACGUGAUCCCGGAACUGGCCAAUAAUUUUUCGUUUUUCCAACGCUAAACAGAGGUUUGCGUCAUUUCCCUCUGCCAAAAACCCUAAAAACUGCACAAAAGAAGAAGAAGCAAUGUCGGACUACAUACCUCGAGAAUUGUUGAUCGAUAUCCUCACGAGGCUACCCGCAGAGACUCUUGUUCGAUCCACACUGGUUAGCAAGUCAUGGUACUCUCUCAUUACAAGCCCUAGUUUCAUCUCUCACCACCUCAAUCGAACCAUUUCAAACCCUAACAACACUCACCUCCUACUUCGCUACUGCACUGAAGAUCCCAUCGAACAAGAACACUACUCGCUACGCUUCGACGAUCCUAUCACCAACACAUUCAAUGAGUACGCAAAGCUCAAUUUUCCAUUCACUUGCAUAGACCCUCCUUUUGGGAUUGUUGGUAGCUGUAAUGGGUUGAUUUGCAUUUCUGAUGAUCAGGCAUGUUAUAACCAUGAAAUGUUUUUGUGGAAUCCAUUGAUUAGGAAGUCUGUGUCGAUUCCAUACCCUAAUGUUAGGUUUAGGUCGCACGGCUCUUUUAUGCAUUCUUUAGGGUUUGGCUUUGAUUCAGUAUCUAAUGACUUUAAAGUUGUUAGAAUUGUGCAUAUUGGAUUGGAUUGUAACAGAGUUCCACCUGAGGUCGAGCUUUACACUCUAAAAACUGGAAUUUGGAGAAACAUUAGUGAUAAAGCUCUUCCGUAUAUUGUUGUUGAGCGAUCGCGACAGGCUUAUAUCAAUGGGGUUUCACAUUGGGUUGCUCACACUCCAAGGUUUGGUCAUGGUGGGAUUUUUCGAAAUUUGAUUGUGUCAUUCGACAUGAACAAUGAGGUGUUUGGGGAGAUUUCAUUUCCGGAGGGUAUAGCUGGUGAGGACAAAUUGAUGCAAAAGAUGAGCCUUGUUGUGUUUGGUGAAACCCUUUGUCUGAUCCAGCAUUGUAAAUCUUACGGUGAACCCCCCCAUUGUUCGAUAUGGAUGAUGAAGCAGUAUGGUGUGGCAGAUUCUUGGGUUAGGCAAAUUAGAAUUGAUCUUUCUGGAGGAUUUUUUAGGAAGCCAAUUGGGAUGAGAAAGAAUGGUGAAGUUCUUCUGGGGACGAGGGAGGGAUAUUUGGUUUCUUAUGACCCUGAGAGCAAACGAAUUAUAUAUCUUGGUGUCCAAGGUACUAUAGAUAGCGAUUGUUGGUAUUCAUUUGAUGUGGAUACUUACAUGGAGAGCCUAGUCUUGCUUGAUAAAGGGGCAGAUUUUUGUGAUGAGGUUAUAAGCGAUCGGUUUUGUGCGAAGAGAGUGAAGCGGACUGAUAGAACCCAGGAUCUGAUAUAAAAAUCAAAGCAGAACGAGUGCAGGCAAGAUGUACCUUUUGCACCUUAUUAGAGUAUUCAUUAUUGCUUAGGUUUAUGCUUGUUAAAUGCAUUAUAUUGAUAGCUCUAAGCAACUUCUAUUUCAGUCCUCGUAUGUAUGUCUUUUGAGAAUGCCUUGAAUACUGAAAAGUUCAGCCUAUGCCAUUAUCUCUUUCUGGAGUUAAUUUUAGUUGUAUUGUCUAAGAGUAUCUUGGUUUGUAUAUUUGAAAAUUAGUUAUGUGAGCAUGAUAUUUGCCAAAUAUCUUCUUUAAUCCUUA